AUGCAGUUCCUUGAAACCACCAUCACCACCACCACCACCACCACCACCACCACCACCACCACCACCACCACCACCAUCAGAAGACCGGAGACGGGAGAGGGCGCAGGUGGCUGGCACGGCCUAAAGCUGGACAUAGGCGUACCACUACACCCCCUGGUUCACAACAAACACUUGGCUAGGAUUUUAACCAACAACAACAAUAGGGGCAGCAGGGAUCCUGAUUGGCGCGGCGUAAGUCGUCAACUGGGUCUGCCACCGCACCCCGGAUGUUGGUACCUGUUAUAGGUGUACAUUCUCGAUAACGCCUCCAAGAAGCCGAUCUAGUCCCCGUGUUGGUCCAGCGCGUCUACCGGAUGGCCUGCUUCAGGGUUUCGAUCUAGAUCCCCGUAGCAGCCGCACAGCGGCUAGUGACAAAGGCAAAAUGAGAUAAUAGACAAAGACAGGGGAAAUCUGAAGCAUUUUUUCCCGGAUAUGAAUUGAAAACAGGCAUGUACAGCAGAAUUUAUUGGGGUCAAUGAAUUUUGUGACGGCUUAUCAACUGCAGCCCGUCUCUGCAUAACAUAGGUAACGCAUGGUGGCGCACAGCAGUAUGAAUUUGUACAGAAUGUCAGUGCAUAAGAGCAAGGUCAAGGUUCAAGACAAUGAAUAAUCAGAUGAAAGACGUUCCCAUAGGCAUCAUGUAGGAAAGAGGGAGACGGAAUGUUAACAACAAAUCAGAGUCACGAGUAAUUUGAUGCGUGAAGGGUACCAGGGCAAUUGCAGACUGGUCACGUGGUCUAACUGCUUGCACAGGUCUGGUUCCUCACUAACGAAAUUUAUUGGCCCCAAUAAAUUCUGCUGUGCAUGCCUGUUUUCAAUUCAAAGACAGGGGAGACUGGGCUGGCCAUUUCUUGCUUAUUUGCGGACGUCAGCCGGGCUUGCGUAACAGAAGAUUUGGGGGCACCUGAGGAUCGAGCCCACAUUGGUUUUGAUUAUUAUGUGUUGGCAAGUCCGACUCCGUAACUGCUGAGCAUCCCUUCGCAAACUGUACCACACUUAUGUUCACGACAAUGUACACUCUACGAAUCUCAAAGUAACACAGCUCAACUGACAUUUCCUUGUUUGUUUGGCCCAUAAAAGACAAAGGGAGACCUUGGAGAUCAACCGUGUAUCACUAACUGACCAGUUGUAAUCGUCAUUUACAGACCGACUCUUUACAUUAAAUUCAAGCAAAAUGAGGAGAAGCCAAUAGCCUUUUUAAACGAAAUGCGUCUCUAUGUUUAAGCAUGAAGUACUUAUUGGAGGCAAAAAACUUACUUGUGGCCCAGUUGGCUGACAAUGGAUAUUAACGAGGCCAACUUUAUAACACUUCUUAGGCAGCUCCAUAAAGGAAUAUUGCUGGUCCCUACAUAUAUACCGCAUGUGCUGAACUCUCGUCACGCUAUAUGACGAAUCGUUACUCCGGUUUGUGUAAGACUAGGGUUCAGUGCCUUCACUAGCGUUAAUGGCAAAGGUCCCGGAUAAAACUAUCAGACGGGCACCCUUAGUUAGAAGUCAACCUGUCCUGAAUGGGGCAGUGCCUGCAUAGGACGAAAUUCUCAUGAGCUGAAAAAUCCGCAUCCAUAAGCGACUGACUCAUAAGGUACCAACCCCAGACUAGAGACGGACAUAAGUCGCUGGACCCCCUGAAACCGUGACCCAUGUUUAGAUCAUGCAGCUCAAAAUAUGAGACGCUCCGGGAGUGCGUAUUCGUGAAAGUAAUCCUUCACUGCAAUGGAAAAACGCACUGUAAUGUCGGGCUGUCCUGCACCUUUUAUGAUUUCCUUUGGGCUUUUUGACCAUUUUCGGUGUCAUUUGCUGAUCUAUUUAUCAUAUUUUCUUUUGGAAUCUCUUAGCUUUAAAACCACCUCCCAGUGUUUGCACCUUCGCAGGCACGAAGGCCUAUGUUUUAUGGUUUUGUCCACUGUAAUUUUCCUGUCCGUUUAGCCAUGAAUCAGCACGACUUACCGGUCAGCUUGGACAACGUUGGCCCUAGCCUGCCGAAAUCUGCCACCCCGGUAUUUCACGACAGCCUUACCUAAACUGUUUUGGAUAGCUAAAAUAACGCUCGGGAUUAAUAAGGAGCCACUCUCCUAAAUUUGAAUUGGCCCCAGUUCUUCACAGGUCGGAAAUUUCGCCUUCUUUUGAAACCGACACUUUGCCCCGCCCAUCGGAAGGCUCUAAUUUCUAACCGCUGAGUGGGCCAAGGGCACACAGGGAACACGAAGCAGAGAGGGGGCGGGGUGGGUUGAAGUAUAGGGAAGGGGCUGAAAACAGUCAGUAACAUUCUUGUCCUCUUUGUGCAACAGUCACGUUUUUUAAGAAUGAUGACAGUCCCACUCAAACGUACUUUCUCAGAAUUUUUAAAGGAUAAUCCUCGUCCGCAUUCCACAACCCGACAUAAGUGGAAAGCAACAAGGCAUAAAAUUACUGUGGGUUGACCUUCUGUCACUUUUUGUAUUCUUCUAUUGCACACGGGUUUUAUCUGCCAGACUGAUCAGCCACUUCAUCGGCGGCGUCCGUAAUUACUUCGUAGGCUGAGAAAGAGUAAAAUUAAGUGGACGCUUCACAAAACAUAAGUCUGCCAGAAGGAAUCAUGCAUGGCAAAUUAGAGGAGAAUGGGGACAGGCAGAGUGGGACCGCGUGCGAAGAGAGGCUGAGUCGGAGCGUGAGCCAAGGUGAACCUCUAGACAAUUCUCGCGUCGGAUACAAGUCAUGGUCAUAGUCACCCGGAGAAGGUUAUUUCUCUCCUACGAACCUCACUGACCACCCGAUUGAACAAUCCCGCUGACGUUCGCUAGUAGAAGCACCCAUGCUUGUUCUCUUCUCGAUCCCUCGGCCACCACACACGUACCGCCCAUCUCUAUCUCUACUUGCUUCAUUGCGUGUACUCCCAGAGGUUUUCGGCCGGGAGAUGCAGUUUAGUAUUCUUAGGCCCGCCAAACCUCAACGCGAUUUUCAUGAAAACAGAAAAUUUGCCUUGCGGGGUGUGUGGAAGCACUUCAAGACACUGUGACAAGGUAAAUGACGCGAUAUAAGCAGGAAUUAAAAUGGCUGGGUCAUCUCCAAAUUUGUCAUCAGAAGGAACACGCCUCAAUCAAUCAGUCAGCCUUGCUCAUCAACACAACACGAGCUGACCCUGGAAGACGGGACAUGUCUGGUAACCUGGCACGGUGUGAGCUCAUUCCAUCUAUUUCAGGUUGGUAGAUAAAUGUAUGACGUGGGGUUUAAACGAGCUAGGUCAAAGUCUUUUGGCCAGUUUCAUCUGCUCUAUCUCUGUGUAAGGGGUAGGCAGGAGCGGGAGUUAAUACAUUUGCCCUCGAGAAGAUCUUCCGAAGACUGAAUGGACGUAUUUGUGGAGAAAUUAAACGAGAAGUUAGUCUGUGCCUCUGGACUUCUCUUUUCCUAUGAAAGUACACAAGUUGGAAGUCGAAUCCGACUGAGAACAGAUGUCUUGAAUGCACUGUCUCACUUCAUGUCUGCUUCUUUUUCUGCAUGAAUGUGAUCAUUUCGCUGUCCUUGGUGGCGCAAAGAGUCCUUACUGUACUGUGUUGGGUCGACCUGGAGGUGUAGGCCAGACCAGGAUUGAGCAAAAAUUCGUGGAGGAUAAUAGGAUGCGGACAUGAGGAGUGAUUGCAUGCCAGGGCGAGUCGGAGUGUUCAGUAGGAUAGCAGGCCUGACACGGAAGCACGUGAAGUUAGGCAGUCGCAGUGGUAGACCAUCCUAGGUGAUCCAUGUGGAAACGCAGGGUGUCUGAGCGUGGAAAGGAGCCGCCGCGAACGAGGUGCGGACGAAGGGGGGGGGGAGCGGGGACCGGGGAAGUAGAGGGGAGGAGUGCGCGAUCAUGCCUCUAAAGUUCUGAAGCUUCCGUCGCCGUUGUGACCUCUGUCGGGAGAGGUUUUUUUUCAAAAAAACGCCUGCACGCAAGCGCGCAUAACGCACAGUGGAAGGGGUUAGAGGAGCAGGGUUUGAAAGUGGAGACGCGGAAUCGCUGGCAGUAGCGGCAGGGUAGCAGUACGACGAGGCGGUUAUUAAUCAUUUUUUGGUCUGACUCACAACCUCCAUGCUUGUGUCUACGUCGGCAUGUCGCCUGGGCGGGUUUGUUUGUCGGCGUACGUUGUUCAUGUCCUCGUAUUACGGCGCCUGUCCCGCUCCCCUGCUCUUGCUAUCUGUCCCAUCCGCUUCUUUCCCCAUACGUCUCCGACGGCGCUAUUUGUGGGGAUCUUUAUAAUAAUCGGCCUCUAAACCCAAUGCUAUGAAAUGUCUAACUUGAGUUUCCUGAGGCCCAUUACGGAGUCAACAUAGAUGAGGCUGCUUUGUGCGCCAGUCCUGUCUUCUCUAGCAAUGGUGCUUUCGAAAUAGUGCUGCGAGUUCCCGUAAAAGGGUGUAGGCAUGGAAGAGGUACUCACUCAUGAUUUCUCACGUAAUACCCUUAUUUCAUUUUCAAUUACCGCCUAGGUCUUGUUUCCCUAAUCUUAGAAGACUGCACUACGGCCAGGAAAGAAUUCCAGAAAUCUGAUCGAAAUAUGACCUCUUUCUCCCAAAAGGUAUUUGUUUCACACUUUGGGGGGUGGAUGUGCGUACCCUCUCGCGUCGUUGACGAUCGUUUUAUGGCACUGAUUCGUGCCAAUCCUAACUGAAUGAGAACCCGUGGCCGGAUUAGAGAUCGAUAAGGUCAGGGACCAACCAGCCUCAGGUCCAAGUCAUGGGUUUUUCCCUCCUGAAAAUGGCUCACGGGCAACUGGCGACAGUGCGUAAGUCGUGGAUGGCCGUUGCAUCUUUAACCGUCUUUGGCAGUAAGGUCUUAAAAUUUAUCUUUGUCUCCCGAUUAGAGUUCAUUAGGCAUUGCACACUUGUUUCUUACACGGAUAUGUCUUACCUCCCCUGAGCUAGGACACAAGGUUGCUCGUAAUACGGAAAUGGUGGUAAUAUAGGUCUUUUGGAAAGGGGACGUGAUGCUUUAAAUAUUGAAAAAAGGAAAAACCGUAUGGUUGCGUUAAAGUGCUAAAAGGCACUUUGCUGGUAGAUAUUUCAGAGGAGAGGAGCAAACUUAUUCGUGCCCUACCGUUUGUUUGCUAUAUGCCUGGGAGCUUUUAGACUUCUUUCCGUUUUUGAACAGAUGCAAUUCUUCACCGUUCUCUCUGCUAUUUCUACAGGUCCAGCCGCGACCAUUUUGAAUAGAGGUCCUGGUGCAAAAAGACGUGGACCAUGGUUUUGCAUAAUUGGACCUGAACCUUGUACCCUCACCUCAGCUUCCAGUUUGACUUCAGGCCAUCAUCUUUGGAACCAUAUGCGGACUUGCGGUGGUCUGCUUCCGCGGUCGUCUUCACGAGAGCUCUCCAUGUCUCUUGCUCGUCAAUCGAAUGCUUCCACCAAUCGUCGUGGCUCCAAUUGCUGAUUGGUUGCUGGCGGACGAAAUCCAGGUGCAGAAGCACCUAACGAACGCUUGGCACCUCCUUGUCGUCUCACAACAGUGGCUGGAGAGGGUUUCAGUUGUAUGAUCCUUAUAUAUCUUGAGCAAGAAGACACGAUCGUCGGGAUAAGAGCUUUAUUAGCCCGACGUUUCGGAUUCCUGCUCGAACCAAGCAUCAGAGACAAAAGCAGAUACGGAUGGUUCAUGCACAAGGGACGGCAGUAUUUAUAGGAUGCAGUCGCCUCGCUGCCGCGGCUCCCCCCUUCACCAGGGAUCGUUGCACUUGGUGUGAUGACUUUUUUGAUGGCCGAUAUUCGCGCCGUUAAUUGCUGCAAUUUCAUCACGUGCGUUGGAUGUUGGUGUGCUGAUUGCUCGACCAUCUGACCCACCGACCCGGGCGUUGGGAACAGUGUUCACCUGUGCGCUCCCGGCCGAGGCCUCUUGCCCAUUUUGCGUAUGCACCGGUUGACGAAGUUGCGCAGGUAGCCAUUGGCUUUGAAUAGCCGUCGGAGGUAUUGUAGUUCGGCAAUUUUUUCCUCCGGCUCAUUGCAAUGCGUUUCGACACGCCGAUAGAGCGUCCUUACAUAACUGCGUUUGUGGCUAAUUGGGUAGUUGUUGUUGAAGUUCGGUACUUGCAUUGUAUUUGGCUUUCCUGAACACUUUGGUCUUUAGUCCACCACAAUCCUUGCGUCAUACAAGGACAUCCAGGAAGGCCAGCUGUUUGUUCUCUUCCUCCUCCAUCGUAAAUUGUAUGUCCGGGAAGACAGCGUUGAGAUGUUCUUGAAAUGUCAGUAGUUGAUCCCGGUCGAUAAAGACGCAGGUAUCAUCCACAUACCGGGCCCAGAACUUCGGUUUGUGGUUUUGGAAGACCAGUGACCCUAACCGUUGCAGGACCGCCUCGGCGAUGAAUCCCGAAAUCGACGAACCCAUUGGUGUGCCCUUCACGUGUUCGCAGAUUGUCCCGUCGAACGUGAAGUACGUCCUGAGACAGAACUUCAGGAGCUGAAUGACUUGGGCGUUUCAUAGUAUUUGCUUUGUAGAAGCCGCUCGAUUGUCUCGAUCGCCAGGUCCUGGGGAAUAGAAGUAAAAAGGGAUGUAACAUCAAAAGAUACCAUGACCUCAUUUGGAUGGAGGCCUACCAUUUGAGUUUCUCCAGGAAUUGUACUGACGAAGAGAUCGUGGUGUUUGACUCAGCGGUCAGGAAAUUGAGACGUCGGAACAGUCACUUAGCUAGUCCGUACGUUGGAGUAUCUUUGAGCGACACGAUGCGUCGGAGGGGCGCGUCGUAUUUGUGCACCUUAGGGAGGCCAUAUCAUCGGGCCAAAGCCGUAUGUUGGGGUCCCGCCAUGCGCCUGUCGAUCGGUGUUAUUGCGCCUGAGUUCUCCAAGGCUAACAACGUAGCACUAAUUUCGCGUGUCAGCGCUUUUGCAGGGUUCAUUGCACAUGGGACAUAGAAGUGUCGGUCUUUCAGUAAACCUUUGGCUUUUUGAAGGUAGUAUGUCCUGUCCAGUACAACCGUGGAGCGUCCCUUCUCCGCUGGCACGAUGACUUUGUCGGCCUUGAGUUCUCCAAGCGCAUCGCGUUCGACCUUGGAAAGCACAUGCGGUGGCCUGUGGGCCAUUAUGAGGGACGACACGUGGUGUCGGAUGAGGCUCUUAGUCUCUUCCGUUACUUCCGUCUGACUAAGGAUAGAUUCUACUGAUGCAAUCAUGUUAACAGGUUUGGCAUCAGCUGUGUUGCAUGAAGCUUCGUGCCGCAAAACCUGCAUCUGAUCCUUCGUCAGCUCCUUUGACGACAGGUUGGGCACCAGUUUGUCCUUUCUGGGUGACGUUGGAUUGAGCAGCUUUCGGAAUUUGUUCUCCAGUGCUGUGUUGUGUAUCACUCUCUGCUUUACAUCUGUGUUAGGAGUCCGAUACUAUUUCAGGCCGACUGGCAUCUCAGGAGGAAAUAUUAAGGCUCCCGACUGUAUGCUAGAGAAACCCUCCUUUUUGGACCUUUUCCUUGUGAAGGUUCGCCAAGCAGUAAUGUAGAGAAGAACAAAUCUAUGUCGACGUCACAAACUUUCGGCUCCAGUUGUGAAAUAAGUAAAAUUACUUUCCAGUUUAAACUUAUUUUUCUAACUCAAAGAGCUUCGCAAGUAGCAUGCUGCAUCUAAAACUCAUUUUCUGAGUGGUAAUAAGUGAGUGCGGAGACACUGGUACAAGAUGAGACAUUUUGUUCACAUAACUUCCUCCAAGAACUUUCAAAAUCCUAGAAAAACUCAGUAUCGGCGCUUGUCAAAACGAAGGACAAUUUCACGUGUCCCGUCAAUAAUGUAACGGGCACUCAGGUUUAUCUUAUCUGAGCUGUUCUCUGCGCCCAAAAUUAUUAUUUCCCCCUCUCCUUGCGAUGUUUCGAGUCAGUACGGUUUUCGCAAAAUCCUCACUGAUGUCUACUUUAAUUAAACGAGAUGCAGAUAUGUCUGAUGCCACUUUGACAACAGAUUAGUUAUCGAGUCUCCCCAAUCCUCUCUCUCUCUGUUGUGUCCGAGUUCACUCAUGGUCUAUCCUCCUUCUCACAAAUAAAUUAAAAAGAAUCAGAGUAUGCUUGGAGUUGUUAGUCCGUUUGGACCUUCAAUAUCGCGUUUACUUUCAAGAUAACUUCGACGUAAUCCCUUUUUAGGCAGCAGUUUUACUUGUCUCGUAAAGCAACGAUCACUUAUAGAGAGAAAUGCCAUCUGCUCAUAUGUGAGCUAAGCUUACGGGCAAAACCUGCUUCGACUAUCACCGAGUGCCCUUGAAAAAAGUAUUACUCACGAAAGGUAAGGCCGAUUAAGAUUCUGAACAAGUUAGUAAUUUCAGGACGGAGGUACAGACAGUGGUUAACCUCAUUAAAUUUGACCGAAAUUCUAAACUGUCUUUUUGACUAAAGAUUACUUAAGUAGGGUUCUAUUAUUCAUUAUCCUUCGGCAGAAUUCUAAGAAACUUCAGUCGCACCAGGAUACCGACCUUUGAAUGGGCUUCUUUUAGGUUGCCUACAAAAAUCCGCGCUCUGUAAAAGAUGACUAUUUAAAUUAUAUGUAUAUUUUCAUUGGUUUUAGAUGUCCUUGUGAAUUCAAAUAUGGUUUAUACGAAAAAUGCUCACAAAUAUCCUUAACUGUGCUAAUUUGGUAGCAAAUCACGUCUCCUUCAGAGUUUAUAUUCGAAGAGAGGACAGUUUUCGGUUUUAAAAGUCUAGAAUUAUGAGGGUUUAAAGGAACGUGGUGUGCUACCAAAAGCGCAUAAAGGAGGUUAUUUUUUAGCCUUUUAAAAUUAAAAUAUCUUUGAAUUUAUACAGACAUUCAAAAUUACUUGGGCGAUGCAUACUACUUACGUAGUCGUUUUUUACGGAUUUCAGUUUUUGCAGGUAGUCAGAAAGAAGUGCAUUCAGAGGCUGGCAUCCUGACGGGACUGUGCUUUAUUGGAAAGCGAUGUACCAUUAUCAGUAGUACAGCCCCACCUACAGUACGUGACCUAUCUCAUGAAACCUGGUGGCAGAAUCUGGUGUGAGAAUUUAGAACGCCUUAGACGUUGCGCAUUUUGCUUGCCUGCCCAGCCUCCUCUGGGAAGUGUCCUCAUCUUGUGCACAAACUGUGUCCACUUAAUUUUUUCAAGCAAAUUGUUCAUAAAUUUGGUCGAAAAUGCACGUUGCGGCAUACUCGGACAAUUUCCUAUGUUAAUACCUGUUCUGGACUUCGGUUGCCCAUCUGAGCGGGGUUUUCCUUGGAAGGAGAGUGAUUUACUCCAGAGAGUUUUAACAAACAGAGGUCGACGGACUUAAAAAUCAAUUUUUUGUCCGAUGGUAACCGUGGUAAUCAACUUCUUAAAACAAAGUUUAUUGUAAGAGAACCAGAUGUUUUGUCGAUUUAUAGAAUUCAGACUAGCAACUCUGUACGAUUUUGCUCCCUAAAGUGCAGUAAUAAUGCACAAAGGCAAUCCUUCAUUUAAAUGAGCUACAAUUGUUUUGUCGUUUGGAAAAUCCUACAUUUUGUCACAGGAAAGACCACCACCGAACUGUCAUUUUCAGCUUUGAACAUAUUAAAUAUUACUUUUCGGGCAGCAUAUCUUCUGCACAUAUGAAUUUAGAAAUGGAACGAACAAAACGUUAACAUCUUCGGCAAAAUUUCAGUGUAUAUAUAGCCACUCUGUCGUGCUUUCAUAAUCGUAGAACGGAGUCGAACUUUGAGCAAAAACAAGUAAAAUAGCCGCAGUAUAGAGAAAAAGGCAUGUUCUUACGUUUGCGGUCGAAAAAUAUCUACAUCUUUAAGCAACGUGAAAGAAAUGGCCGAAUAUGUCAACUUUUUUCUUGACCUCACUCGGUAAAAAAUUUAAGUACUCAGACAUCCGUCAACGGAAUGCAAUAUCAAAACACUCCUUAUGGUGGAAAUUUAUCAGAGAAGGUUUCUAAUUGAUCUAAGGCAUAAACGUUGUUGCCUUUCGUUAUGGACAUCCAUUUUAUUCGACGAUGAGGGUUCCUGUUUGCUUGAGUUUUCAAAUGUGAUCCAGAUGACGUUUUAAAUGAUAAAGAAAGUCAAAACACUCGCUACUUCGAUAAAGGCCUCAAAGAAUUACCUUAUUUCAAAGUUUCUAGCAGACACAUAAUACAGAAUCUGUCCUUAUGGGCGAUCGGAUGAAAACACUGAAAAUCGCGAAAUAUUCGUCGAUUCAAAGGGCAAUUUGGCGAGCAUACGUCUGCUUUCGAUAAAUUCUCUUCAGGCCAGUACAUUUAUAUGGUUAUUGAGCUAAUUAAAAAGAUACGGGCGAGUAGAUAAUUCAUCGGUAAUUCAAGGCCGAUCUGAAACUCAACGUAAUCCUGGACGAACGAAAAGUGCAAAUUAAUUUAACGGAAGAAAAGUUCUUUUUACAAACAGAAAAUUAUAUGCUUAUGAUUACACGUACCAAUUAUAUUUAAAAGUAUUUGGCAUUAAUCGGCCCGGCAACAUGUGACCUUAUGAAAACUUUUGUUCCUAAGAUGCCCUUGUCGGCAAAAUCAAGCGAAAUAUUGCUUUUCUUAUUGGACCGCAUCUCAAUUAAUUCAAAAGGCUAAAGGAUACCACGAAUCCUCAGGAAACUGUUUUGGAAUCUAUACUCAAAAUGUAGUCUGUUGGAAAGGCGCUAUACCUGAAAGUACACUAAUUCUUUAAGGAUAUUUAAAUGUAAACUUCACUAACACGCCAUUUUUAACUGUUAAUUUAUUUGAGCUUUCAUAUUCAUUUAAUUUUUUCCAUGGACAGACGUUUCUACAAUUUAAAAAUCAAGUUUACUAAAUUGCAACCAUUUUUGACGUUUUCGGGAUUUUGCGCUUUUCUAAAAAUUGGCAUUUCUAGACAACGCAGCAUUGACUUCAUCAUUUAUUUUAUGCCUUUAAUUCCCUUAAAGUUAGGCUUUGUUAACAUAUAUAUUGGGUCCACGGAUUGGUGUCGGUUUGCGAGCGAUUAGCAAUCAGUCGUAAAUUUUGACACAUUUCAUGAGUUAGGUCACCCAUUGCGAGGAAUCCUUUCUAAUCGAAACCGAAUUUCGGCAUUUAGACUAGCAUUUAGUGACAUGGGUCACUGACCGUAUAAAUAUGCCUUGGAGGGCCGUUUAUCCACAUAGUGUACUUCAUGCUCAACUUAUAAUGUUCUGAAACUCUGUGAACGGCGUUUUGUUGAGCGCCUGAUAGUCAAAGAGCCUGGCGCAUUCAAAACUUGGGGUCCAUCAUAGCUGAUUGGCAACUCUUGACAAACUAUAAAUGUCCGUUGUCAUCUCCUUAACCUUAUGGGCUGUUAUUCUGCAUAAACAUAUUUAUUCGGAAAUAAGCCACAUUGUUUGGGAACGAAAAACCCUCAUUAUCUAAGUUUUUGAAACUGAUUCUCUAGCAAGUUGUCACAUGUAUGGGCAAUGGACAAAAUCCUCUAGCUCCUAACUAUGUCUAACAAAAGAGUUUAGGGUUGGUUACGGCUUGUGCCAGUGGGUGUCCAACGUGUUUGUUUACCCGGAUGAGGUUAGUUGCAUUCAUUUUCACCUGUCCUUGGAAAAUUUGUUUGUGGCAUCUAAAUCAGUAUGCCUAUUUAUGCAUGUCUUGUCUGUGUGCAUUGUUUCCCGCAGCUUGUGCCUCUUCUUUGUGGAACAGACGUUAGCGGCGCGAGUGGCCUUCCAUGUAAAUGUGUGUCCUGUAUCCAGUACAUACAUGACUACUUUGAAUAGGUUGUCUCGUCUCUUUGCCGCUACCUAGUGUUUAUACGUAGUGGUGGGAACAGGUUUCGCGGCCUGGUCGUAGUUGUUUGCAUCCUAAUUGCCACAUGGGACUUGAUAGACAAUUUGUUUUCUGUUGAAAUAACUAACUCAGUUCUUAGGAUGUACAGGUUGGGUCAGCAAAAUAGUUGUAGGUUUGUGCGCAAAUCUACCCAUACACAUGAACUCCAAAUAGAUACAAGACAAUUCAUUCUAGGUAGCUAUGCAUAUGACAAUUCAAUAACCAUGAAAGGCGGUGUCCGACAUGUGUUCUAUGCCACGGCGGACGCAGGGAACGGUGACUUGUGCGGGAACUAAUUUACAGAUAAAAUGGAGUUGCGCAACAUCUACCACACUCCCUCCUCACUCACCCUCUUGUAGCCGGUGUCAAGAGGGAGUGAGGCAGACCGGAAGUGGGGUCGGACGCGGUGUAUGACAUGGCUAGCCAGCUCGUUUACGCGAGCCACACGCGUCUGGUCUCCUCACGAGAAAUCAGGUUUCGUUUCAGUAAAACACUUGUCACGUAUGUGUAUUUGCCACCAUACCAAUACUUAAUAUGAAUCCACGUUGUAUCUUUAAUAUUCACGAGACAUUUGGUGGCAAAGGCAGUUCUUGCACUUCUGGUACCCACUGCUAAUGAUCAGAAUCACCCUAAAAACAACUCUAAAACUGAGUUUGUGUCCAUGGGGUUUUGUAAAGUGGAAAAAGGACAUUUAAUACUAUCAAAAAAUACAGUCGACGGCCUAAUUUUGACAUUUUCAAAUCUUGCCUUGUUUAAUUGCCGAGGAAACUAAUGUGCGAACUUGCAGCAAAUCUUUGGAAACAGACCUUUUCAGGCACGGUCCAAAGUUUGGUAUGAAUAUUGGAGUUGAAAUCCAUCAGCUACUGUGGAAUAACCGCCUAAUAAUAUACUACUGGCUGCCUGUUUGCGGGUUGUGAAUAGUAGGUGGUUAUUCCGCAGUAGCUGAUGGAUUUCAGCCCCAAUAUUCAUAUCAAACCUUGGACCAUGUCUGAAAAGGUCUGGUUCGAAAGAUUUUCGCCAAGUUCGUACAUUAGUUUCCUCGGAAAUUAAACAAGGCAAGCUGAAACUGGAGUUUAUAUACCAGAAAACACAUGGGAAAGCUGGGGGACCCACUGACGAGCCGAACCCCUCGCAGCUGCGUCAGGCAGCGGCAUAAGAUUGGCGAAACAUGCGUGUCUGGGCUUUUGGCUAAUACCUGUGUUGUUAGUACGGUAGAUCAUUGCACAGUUUCAAAUCUCUAAGUUUAUUAGCUAAAGGGAAGAGGACAAGGACAAAUGCCUCAAGCACACUUUGGUCCAGUUUGUCCGUUCAAGAAGGGUUCUCUGAUUGACUAGGUAAAGUUCUUUAUCUCCCACCAGAGACAUCCACCUCGAUCGUUUUUACGCUUUAUCACUAUCCAGUCAGAAUAUCGAAGAGGUGGACAAAUAAAAUGCCAACAAGCUUUGGUAAGAAGGAUAUGCAGAGAGUUCGUCGACCUUCAAUGUGCGGCCACCAGUUAUUGCAAGAAAAUUAGCCCGGCACGCCUGUGAAGUCAGUGAAGUCAUCUCAGCCCGGUCGAGGAUAAGCAACAAAUAAGCCUACUUAAGAGUCUCUAGUCAAAGUGCUUCUUACAUCAACAUCUCUCCCUCUCAAUUUGGAACGCCUCUUGGUGAUAUGUAAAGUCGCGGGAGGCGGCGUCAGUAGAUAACCCAUUAGUCCAUCUAUUGCCUUACGUUCCUUAGCUAUUCCAAUUUUUAGGGCUAUAUAUAGGCGUAGGGUUGCCAGCAUAUUCCUGUCGCACACUGCAAGGAACUGUCAACUAUAAAACAUAGCUCAACUCAAAAGUUCUGUGAGGUAGGACAACCAAAUUCGUGAAAAUUAUACCCGCCGCCCCCAUUGGGUGUUAUCAUUAUAUUGGAAUCUACGUAACUCCUUUUACAUAGAGCACAACGCCAGCAAUAAAAUUUAAUUAGGUAGCUGGUAUCUUCUAUCUAGAACUUGGGAAUAUUUUGUGCAAAGCGUAAUUUUCUAGAAUGGUCUUAGUUUACAUGUGCUAGACUGUUUGGUCAACAGAGACGUGCCUAAUUAAGGUCGAUGCUCCAGAAUAAGUUACUGAACGACGGAGACCGAUUUCAUGCUAAAGGAAACCACGGUGCGUAAAGGAUGCAUAAAAUGGGAAGCACUGGGAUGUUGCGCAACCUACUGAAUUUUGGGACUGGAUUUGUCAAAUACUUUUUAGGACUAAACAUACUACGAAGAGACGUAGGGGGGAAAAUGCGCUGCGGGCCAUAUAGCCACCAGCUUCAUACACGCCGGCAUUUACAAAUUAUUAUCUGGACCACACUUUUGGCUAUUAGGUUUGAGACUUACAGUAGAUGGGCUAACUCAUGAAAUGUUAACCGAAAUUCCGAAAUGUGUCCUCAUUUCGAAAAGAUUAAUUAAGUAGUUGUAAAACUAAUCAUUAUGCAGAAAAAUUCUGUAAUAAUUCAGUUACUUCAGGAUGUCGGCUUUCGAACAAACUUCUUCCCGGUUGCAUGCAAAAGACACACUUUGUAAAAAUGACUACUUAAUUAGCAUGUAUAUUUCUCGCUGAUCUUCGAUGCCCUUUAAUAUGCAAUUAUAUUUCAUGAAUAACGUGGCAUAAAAAUAUUCAUUUUUGCUUAUUCGGUAGAAAAUCACGCUUUCUUCCAAAGUUCUACCCGAAGGAAUGGUAUAAUUUGGUUUUAAAAAAAACUUUCGAAUUGUGAGAUUUUUUCAUACCGUGAGAUGGCCGUUCAUAAAACGUCAUGUCUUGCAUUUACCAAUGUGGCUUGUAAAGUUAACAAUAUAGCUGAAAUCCACUGCUAAAUUAUAUGAACCCCAUAUAGUCUCGUCUUAAUAUUGUAAAGAAAUGUAUGGUUUUCCAUACGCAGAAAAUAUAUGGUUUGUAGUUUGUAAACCUUGAAUGCAAGUAUAAUUGUAUGUCGGGUUUAAAAUUAUUCAAGAAUUAGAAAGGUUUUUGAAAACCGAAUCAUACUCUUCAUUCGAGUAUGAAAUUGGAAGAAGACGUAAUUUCCUACCGAACGAGCAAAAGAAUGAAUAUUUUUAUGCCAUCUUUUUCAUAAAAUAUAACUGAGUAUUAGAGGGCAUCGAAAAUCAACGAGAAAAAUGCAUGCUAAUUAAGUAAUCAUUUUUUGCAGAGUUUGUUUUUGCAUGCGGCCAGAAAGAAAUUUUUUCGAAAGCCGACAUCCUGCGAUAACUGAAUUAUUAUAGAAUUUUGCUGAAUGGUGAUUAGUUCUAAAUCCUACUUCAUUAAUCUUUCCGAAACGAAAGCGCAUCUCGGAAUUUCGGCUGACAUUUCAAGAGUUAGCCCACCUACUGUAUUUUAACAUGUUAAAAGUGUAACCACUUUUGAGUGUUUGUUGCAGGUGCCGGAUGACAUGAUGUGGAGCAGAAGGUAGGAAAAUAGCUGGUCACUGGUUCCCCUGUUCAUAUUAAAAUGCACCUGAUUUUGCCGUCCGGGUUUGGGACAUAUGCAGUUUUUUCUGGCCUCUAAAACUAACAUUUAGCGACUUCUUCUCAUCUACGACCUAAUCCCUCCUACUCGUCCAAAGUUCAUUCUAUCUUCCCAACUUGUGGCUACCAAUCAUUCCGCGUCUACAAUUUUUCCUUUACAGUUAUGAAGUCCUCUCUGUUUGUCCUCAUUGUGAACAAGGCAAUUUAGGCCUGUCCAUAUGUGGUACGAAUUCUCUGUACUUCGAACGACCAUAACCGGUUCACACAACCUUUGAGCAAAGUCCGGAAAGGCAAUUCUAGCGGCAAAAGACUAUUAGCUGUUACCUGUUCAAGUGGAGUGGGUUUCAUAAAGUUGAUAGCUCAAAACUGUGGACAAUUUCGUCUAAUUGGGCAGCACACAUCUCACGCAACACCAAAAUCGAUGACGAAGUGGCCCGCCGGAUCUACAAAACUAGCCAGGCAUUUGGCCGGUUGCAGAUCUCCUCUACAACUGUCAUGAAGGUAGACUCAGCCCGAAGCUCAAAAUUUACCGGACGGCAGUCCUGACCACUUCACUGUAUGGACGGAGACAUGAACCGCCUACUAAACCUGAGGUGGCACGACAAGAUCCCCAGUACGAAAGUCUUAAAAUGGACCGAAAUCCUCAGCAUCCACGUCAUGCUGACGCAACUGCAGUUACGACGGAGCAACCACCUCGCGAGGACCGACAACGAGCAACUUUUCUAAGAUAAUGCUGCUAAGGGUGCUCGACGACAAAGCAGCCAAAAUGACACUAAAAGGACAGCUGAUAGAAGCGAACUGAAAGGACAGCUUGCGGAUCUUUCCUAAAGAUCUUCAAAUCAAUCCAGCAAACUCGGAUGACCUCGCCCAGGACCGGCUGGCCCCGAGAAUAACAGUGAAGACUGAAGAAACAAUCAAUGAAGCCAACCGGAUCACCGAUGCUAAAGCUAAAAGAGUGCCCAGUCCGUUCCAUUACGUGGCCACACUGUCAACGGACACUUCGCGCGUGGGUCAACCUCGUCACAUAUUUCCGGACCCAGUGCAACAACAACCCAUCAAUUCCACCUAGCGCCUCCAUGAACAUUCCACUCUCAGCCCUGCACCAAGCCUCACGGCAUCUACGAAGACGACUUCUUCCACUAUCAAUGAUUGUAUACCCGAUAUUCUGCUGUCGUCAGCCGCCGCCGUCUCCGUCACUCCUGUCACAAACACCCCAGGGACGGCGACCACCACCCCUUUCACCCCAGCCACCGAUGAGAACACUCCCGAAACCCCGUCAGCCGUCACCCUCAACACCACUGUCCCCGCCACCAGCACUGUGGACUCGACCCCAACCUGUCUCCAUUGCGAUCGCACAUUCACCUAA